AUGGACAUGUGGCACAUCAGCCUGAGUGUGUGCGCGAUGCUCGUCACCCUCCCGGUCCUGCUCAUCCUUCGCGGGAGCCGGGCUGGCUGCCGCAUCCCGCCGGGCCCGCCGUCCGUGCCGGUGCUCGGCAGCUUGGUAUGGCUGACGAACUCGCCCGCCGACCCCGAGCCCCUCCUCCAGCGCCUGUUCAGGCGGUACGGCUCCGUGGUUUCCCUGCGGUUGGGAUCCAGUCUCUCAAUCUACAUUGCCGACCGCCGGCUCGCGCACGCGGCGCUCGUCGUGCACGGAGCCUACCUGGCGGACCGCCCCAGCGUGCUCGUCGCGGCCGCGACGCUCCUGGGCGAGAACAACCACACCAUCACGCGCGCCAGCUACGGGCCCGUGUGCCGCCUCCUGCGCCGGAACCUCGUCGCCGAGACGCUGCACCCGUCGCGCGUCCGCCUCUUCGCACCCGCGCGCUGCUGGGCGCGCCGCGUGCUCACCGAGAAACUGCUGGCCGGCGGAGAAGCGGUCAUCGAGACGUUCCGGCACGCUAUGUUCUGCCUCCUCCUGGCCAUGUGCUUCGGCGAGCGGCUCGACGAGGGCGCGGUGCGCGCAAUCGCGGCCGCGCAGCGGGAGCAGCUGCUCUACUUCUCGCACCAGAUGGCCGUGUUCGCCUUCCUCCCGUCAGUAACCAAGCACGUCUUCCGCGGCCGCCUCCGGGCGGCGCACGCGCUGCGGCGCCGGCAGAUGGAGCUGUUCAUGCCACUCAUCAACGCGCGGCGGGAGUACAUGAAGUUGAACAACUCGGACCGGGCCAAGAAGAAAUCAGACACCACGUUCGAGCAUUCGUACGUGGACACGCUUCUCGACCUCAAGCUCCCGGAGGAGGAGCGGCCGCUUAGCGACCAAGAGAUGAUCAAUCUCUGCUCCGAGUUCCUCAACGCCGGGACCGACACCACCUCCACCGCGAUGCAGUGGAUCAUGGCCGAGCUGGUCAAGAACCCGGCCAUUCAGGACAAGCUCUACGGCGAGAUCAUCAAGGUCGCCGCAAUCACGGGCGACAACAGCCAGGAGGAGGUCCCCGAGGAGGACCUCCACAAGAUCCCGUACCUCAAGGCGGUUGUCCUCGAAGGCCUCCGGAAGCACCCCCCGGGGCACUUCGUGCUGCCACACAAGGCGGCAGAGGACAUCGAGCUGUGCGGCGCGUACCUGAUCCCCAAGGGCGCCACGGUGAACUUCAUGGUGGCCGAGAUGGGCAGGGACGCGGAGGAGUGGGAGAACCCGAUGGAGUUCGCGCCGGAGAGAUUCGUGGCUGGCGGGGAUAGGGAAGGGGUGGACGUGACGGGCAACAGGGAGAUCAGGAUGAUGCCCUUCGGGGCAGGCCGGAGGAUCUGCGCGGGGCUUGGCGUCGCCAUGCUCCACCUCGAGUACUUCGUGGCCAACAUGGUGAGGGAGUUCGAGUGGAAAGAGGUCGCGGGCGACGAGGUGGACUUUGCCGAGAAGCGGGAGUUCACCUGCGUCAUGCAGAAGCCGUUGCGCCCUCGCCUCGUGCCACGAAUUAAGGACGAGUAAAUUUGCGGUGAAAUUAAGACCGGUUGCUGCUAAAUGGGAAUAAAUUGAACGAGUGUAAUUAAUCCUUGCACUCACGUUUUAAUUGAACUA